AGGCUGAAUAACAGAAAAAGUGAACAUUCUUGAGGCAUCAGUCAGCCUCAACACACCUCAGAGGACGAGUAAAUAAGUGUAGGAGGGCAAACAAUUAUAAAAAGGAAAAGUUUUUGGGAAGGCACACACAAUUUGGCCUCCCUUGUUGCCAGAGGUUCUUCUUUGCCAAAAUACACCAGGUGACUAUGGAAUGGAUAUUAUAACCAAGAAAAGUUAUCGGGACGGUGGUGACUCCGCAGGAAGGACCUACACAGAAACAGUAUCAAGUUCAUCAAGACUGGUGUCACUACCACCAAAAGGAGCAAAUACCAGUGGUUCCAAACUCUCAUACCAGGGGGGAGGGGGUGGUACGGAAAAGAAGACCCUGGUACAAAGCAGCACUAGUUACGUCUCAUCAGCUACAGGUGGCAGCUCAAAAGUUAAUAUUAGCACCUCGGGAUCAAGAUACGCCCAGUCCCCUACUUCUACCCUCUCAGUAUCACCAACCUCCACCUUCGAUAGGAAGGCUUACAUCUCCAGUUCCCGCCAAGCGGGAUAUGAAGGAAGUUCUAGUGGGAAUUCUUCACCAGAAUACACAAGAAAAGAAAUGGCAUCUUCUGCCACUAGAGGUCGUACUCCGAGCAGAGAAACUGAAAUCCGCACUCGGCUGCAGAGUGCUUCACCCUCCACAAGAUGGACAGAACUUGAUGAUGUGAAGAAACUGCUGAAGGGAGGUCGUUCGACCAGCGUCAGCCCCAGCAGAUCCCCAACCAACACCCUUCCCAUCCCUAAGAAAGCAAUUGUGGAGACGAAGAUGGUGACAGAGAGCUCUCAGUCAGGUUCAGGGUCAUAUGACACCACCAUCUUAGAUUCAGCACUCCCAUCAUAUAUGUGGACCUCCACGCUUCCUGCAGGGUCAUCUAUGGGUGGCUACCACAACAACAUGGGUGGCAUGGGCUAUGGGUCUUCUAUGAUGAAUGCCCAGUCCUCAGGAUCAGUAUUUGGAAUGCCCAACAAUCUGGCCCCCAGCUCUCCUACCUUACAUUCAGGACUUUCGUCCUCCUCUGCAGUAUUCGGUGUUCAAAAUAAUUUGGCCCCAUUACAUGCUCAAGGAGUGGCAUUAGCUGCAGCUCCCAUGGUCAACAGCGCAAUGACAUCUGCAAACACCUCAGGAUAUGGAGUGCAGAAGAAUGUCACACAAAACACACAAGGCUCAGGUGGAGUCAGCAGCACUGUCACCUCAUCAGCUGUAACUAGCAGUAAAAUUCAAGGUGAAGAAAUCCUCAGCAAAGAUUACAAGUUCCUUUUGCUGGAGAAGGAAAAAGCACCCGCUAAGAAGGAUGGAGACAUGCUGAUAAUGUCCAAAGACAGCGGAAAGGUCUUUACAGCUGCUAGUAUGGCCAGUUCAGGUUCAUAUGGUGAAGAUGCUCUAAAAAAAGAAAGAACUGUAACAACUAGUAUGGACACCUCAUACAGAACAGAGGCUAAUGGAGGCUUAAAGGUAACCAAAGACAAAGCUACAUAUGCAGAGAUACAUCGAGUAGAUGGUUUGAAGUCCGCCAACGAUCAGUAUGCUGAAAGGCAGGAUGGUGGAAUGGAUGGAGCCUGUGGACCAUGUGCUUCCUGCUGCAAAUGGUGGAUGUGGGCACUUGGGUUAAUUCUUGGCCUACUAUUCCUUUUGGGACUGCUCUUUGGACUCAUAUCUCUAUGGCAAGACCUGAAGAAUCUGAAGCAACGUGUAGACAAUUUAGAAGGCUCUGGCAGUUCAUUGGGACGUUUGGAAGCUGGUCCUGUACUGCGCUCGGAUGUCAACCUAGCCAGUUCAAUUCCUGUUGGUGGCACAAUUACAGGUCUUUCCAGAGAUGAAGUCUGGGCCUACGUGAGGGAGAGGAUGAUGUCAGAAAGAGCUACAGGAAACAUUGCCGGUUUGAAGGGCGAGCCUGGACCAAAAGGUGAUUCCGGAACACAAGGAGAAAAAGGUGACAGAGGAUUCCCAGGUUCACAAGGAACUCCGGGUCUCAUUGGUCAUCCUGGCUCAGAGGGACCUAAAGGACAGAAAGGCAGUGCGGGUGAUUCUGGUGUGGAAGGUCCACCUGGGCAAAGAGGAAGGGAUGGCUUACCUGGAACUCGUGGUGACCCUGGUCCACCAGGCAUAGGAGAAAAGGGUGACAGAGGUGUGCCAGGUGAACCAGGUGUGCCAGGCUUAGCUGGCAUUCCAGGACAAAUGGGAUUGAAAGGUUUGCAAGGUCCUCAAGGUUCUCAAGGUCUUCCAGGCACUCCAGGUCAGCAAGGUUACAAAGGUGAUUCCGGAAUACCAGGACCUAAAGGUGACAAAGGACUUUCUGGACCAGCUGGAGUUAAAGGUGACCAAGGAGACAAGGGAACCAGAGGACUUCCAGGAGAUCCAGGGCCCAGAGGAUUACCAGGACCCUCAGGAGAAACAGGAGCUAAAGGAUCAGCAGGUCCACCUGGACCAGAUGGACAUCAAGGUCCAAGAGGUGAACAAGGACCUAUUGGAUUGCCUGGACCAAGAGGACCACCAGGAUCAUCAGGAGACCCCGGACUUCCAGGACUUUCCGGAGCACAAGGGCCACCAGGACCACCUGGAACACCUGGGCGAGCUGGAGCCAAAGGUGACCCCGGAGAUCCUGGAAGAGUUUCUUCAGAUUCUGGAUCAUAUCCAAUGCCUGGACCACCAGGACCAGCAGGACCUAUUGGCCAACCAGGAUCUCCCGGUGUCCCAGGUCCAAUUGGUCCAUCUGGUCUUCCUGGAAUACCAGGUGCCAAAGGAGCCCGUGGUGACCCUGGCGAUCCUGGUAUCACUGUCACCAGAGCAGAUGCUUCAAUGUUGGCUCAGGCAAUGGCAGGACCUCCUGGACCACCAGGACCCCCAGGUGCUUCCAUACAGGGCCCACCAGGACAAUCAGGUUCCCAAGGUCCUCCAGGACCUUCAGGUCCAGCAGGACCUUCAGGAGAAGCUAAACAGGGAGCCCCAGGUCCAUCAGGUCCACCAGGUCCAUCAGGUCCAGCAGGCCCAGCAGGCACGCCUGAAGCCUCUGUUUCUGGUGCACCCGGACCUCCUGGCUCACCAGGAGUUAAAGGAGACCCAGGACAACCCGGUGAUCCAGGUCAGCCAGGACUUCCCGGACAACCAGGCCGUGACGGUGAGAGAACCCCAGGAUCUCCAGGAUCACCUGGAUCCCCCGGAAGCCCAGGAGCGCCCGGACAACCCGGAGAAAGAGGUGAAGCUGGUAUCCCAGGUGCUCCCGGUAUCCCAGGAAGCUCCAGAGGUGAACCUGGCCAAGGCCAACCUGGUUCUCCUGGUCCACCUGGUCCACCUGGUCCUCCCGGUCCACCUGGUACUCCUGGUGAACCUGGCAGUUCUGCUCGUGGAGCAGAAGAAGUCCAACAGUACAUUGCUCAAUACCUCCAAAGUGAAAAUGUCAGAAAUUACCUUAUUGGACCACAGGGACCACCUGGGCCACCAGGAGACAGUGGACAAGCAGUGGACUAUGCAGAAUUGGCAAGCCGAGUUAUGAGUUAUAUAAGGGGUUCAGGAUUGACUUCAACCGAUAGCAGAGGAGCAAUUGUAGGUCCAGCUAUAACUUAUGAAGAAAUCCUGUCCAUGUUACAAAAUCAUGGGCUGCAGAUUGGUCUUCCAGGCCCACCUGGCCCACCAGGAUUACCUGGAUCUCAAUAUGGCGAUAUAACAGCUUUACUCCAAACUUCCGACUUCAGUGGAAUUGUUGGCCAACCAGGACCACCAGGUCAGCCUGGCCGCCCAGGUCGCCCUGGCCCACAAGGCCCAGCAGGACCUAUGGGACCACCAGGAAAUUCUGUAGCAAGUUUGGCAGCUGGCUUCAGUCCAGAGGACAUUGCAAGUUACUUGCAAAAUGUGCAACAUGUCGGAGGCCCUCCAGGACCACCUGGACCACCAGGGCCACCUGGAUUACCAGGUUCUGGCAGCUUCGCCUCCUACGCUGAGGACUCGAGGAGCGAUGUUUUACGGACUGAGCUUAUUGAAUAUUUAACAAGUGACAACAUCCGACAAUACAUCUCUGGACCACCAGGACCAGCAGGACCUCCUGGUCCUCAAGGGCCGCGAGGAGCCAAGGGAGACAGUGGGGAUAGAUCAUCAUCAUCAGCAUCCUCAGCAUCAUUAUCAUCAUCAUCGUCGUCAUCAUCCCUUUCAUCAGGCUCCUCAUACUCUUCAUUAGACUCCUCAUCAUUCGCCAUAGAUUAUAAUGAAGUGGCAUCUCGUGUAACAGAACAAAUCCAAAGUCAAGGCCUUCUUGGAGAUAUGUCUUUCAGCCAGCAGAGGAUUUAUGUUCCUGGACCCCAAGGACCACCUGGACAACCUGGAAUCUGUCAGAUAUAUGCAACCCACUCCAACAUCACCACUGAUCUUAUGGAACUCUUCAGAACCUAUGGAACCAUUCCCGGGUCACCCGGUAUGCCAGGACAGAAGGGAGAGAGAGGAUUCCCUGGUGUUAAAGGUGACAAAGGUGAACCAGGAUAUACUGGACCACAAGGACCAAGGGGUUAUAAAGGGGAGAAAGGAGAGUCUAUAAUUGUAGGAAAAAGAAAAAGACGAAGCCUUGGUGUUUGACAAAACCAUCUCAGCAAGUGAUUCUCAGGAUCAUCUGCUGGUUAAUAUGAUGAGAGCCAUAAACUUAAGCUGAGAGUACAUCAAUCAUGUUCCUGUACAGCCAGCAGUCCACAUAGAAUCUGGACACAGUGCUCCUCCAAAAGAACAUUUCAAAGCAACAACAAGCAAUAAUUUAUAUCAGUCACUCAACAUUUUAUCUUCGUUCUUCACCAAUUCCAUUGAUACGGACAUUGUCUAUGACUUUGGAGAAAAUGUAAAGUUGUAAAAAGAUAUUCAUUAUGUUUGUUAGUAUAUACACUAGAACAAAAUUGGAAUUGCUAAUGCCAUAACACUUUCGA